UUUGUAAUUUGUUUAUUGUUGACUGUUUGCCUGUGGCGACUGGCGGCUGUAUCUGGCGUGUGAGUGCACUGUAGUACUAUACGUUAUUCUUACCGGUAUAUUGAACCAACGAACCUUAUUAGUUUGGAAUUUCAAAUAUUAUUGUCAGCAUUUUUAUCGGAAAAUUAAGUUUCUCUGCCACCGCGUUUUCUUCGUCACAGGCAUCGACACUAUUCAUCUGUUAACCAAAGUAUAAACACACAUCAGAAAUGGCUGUAGACAAAGGAGAUGCCCCUGAACAUAUUAAUCUUAAGGUUCUUGGUCAAGAUAACGCUGUAGUCCAAUUCAAGAUUAAGAAACAUACUCCUUUAAAAAAGCUCAUGAAUGCUUAUUGUGAAAGAACUGGUUUAGCUAUGGCAACAGUAAGAUUCCGAUUUGACGGACAAGCAAUUAGUGAAGCUGAUACUCCAGCUUCUCUUGAAAUGGAGGAAGGCGAUACCAUUGAAGUCUAUCAACAACAGACUGGCGGUUGCUUUUAUUAUUUUAACUAUUAUUAACUACUUUAUUUUAUGUAUAAGUUUAUAUUUUAUUUAUAAAUCACAUUUCAUGUAUAUCAUAUUAGUUUUUGAAACCUCAAUACCAACAUUGUCUUUUUUCCAUUAAGCUGGCCAUAUUAAAAGAUUGUUAUGAAUAAUACAAAUUUAUAAUCAACUAAAACAAUAUCAAGAAUUAACUACAUUAAACAGAUAAAUAUGAUUUGUGUAGAACAUAUUAUAGAUAAAAUAUUUACUAUAAUACUUUUUUGUAAACAAAUUUAUU